GCCGACGACUCUAUCCAUAACACCCCUCACAAUGGCACGAGUGGCUGGGCACACUCCAUCGUGGCUCUCGGCUCCUUCACCUGGUUUCAAUCUGUUCCAACGAGCGACAGACUCCAAGCCGGCUGCCGCUUACAGAAAUGGAAACGACAAGGAUGCCUCACACGGCCCUUCGCGCACAAUCGCCCACCGCGGCACCGAGCUCUUUGUACUGGUUGGAAACGAUAUUCGCUGGUCCGACCUGGUCAUGCUAAAGGAUGCCCCCAAGAACACCCAAGACCAAAACUACAGAGUCCUCAAGACUCCCGUCGCAAGCCAGAUCAAGCAGCUUGUCGUUUCUCCUCACGGCGACUACCUCGCAAUCCUCACUACUCACACCGUCCACAUCGCUGUCCUCCCUGAUUCAUCGCAUCUCUCCGUCCAGGAUACCUCUCCUCUGCGCAUCAAGACUUUCCAACUCGGUCCGACCGCCCAUGUUGUUGAACAGGCCCCCGUUGUGUCGGCCAUAUGGCACCCCAUGGGCUUCAUGGGCAGCUGCUUGGUCACUGUCACUCAGGAUGCUUGCGUUCGUCUCUGGGAGCUCAAUCGCGAUUCGCGUGCCUCGUUCGAUGAACCUGAGCUGGCUUUGGAUUUGAAGAAGCUUGCCAAUGCCACCUCUUCGGACCAGGACUUUGCCGCUUCCAAGUACGGUACAAGCAAGGGCUUCUCGCCCGAUUCGGUUGAGAUGGAGGUCGCUGCUGCUUGCUUUGGUGCUAGGGCCACCUCGGACGAACACGGCUGGUCUCCCAUGACUCUCUGGAUUGCCAUGACCGAGGGCGAUGUUUACGCUCUCUGCCCCCUGCUUCCCUCAAAGUGGGAGCCUACUCCGACCACUAUCCCUUCAUUGUCGACCGCCGUCGUAGCAAAAGCCGAGGCCAUCUCCCAAGCUGAUCCCACCCCGGAAGAACGUCGCAUUGUCGACCAGCAACAAAAGUGGCUCGCCGACAUAGAUGCACAGGAGCCUUUGGUCGUCUCACAUGCCGAUACUUUGAAUGAAUUCGAGGUCUACAACCGUCCUGCUAACCCUCCUGCUGUUCCCAAACUGCAAGGCCCUUUCUAUCUCAACCCUGAACCCGACUUUGAUCAAAUCACCGACAUUUUUGUUAUUGCUCCUCGUCUCGACGAUGACGCCUUGAUGCAGGAAGAAGACCAGGACGACUUCCUCGGUCACGAUGAUCUCUCCGUCGGUAUAGUAUGUCUGGCUACUGCUGCAGGAAAGGUUCAUGUCUGUCUGGACCUUGAUGGUGUCGAAGCUCAGUGGCUACCAUCCAGACGUGCUGCCUUCCGCCGUCGCUUCGACGAGGAAGAGACUUUCUCCGAACUGCUCCUGGUUGAAACCUUGACUACUUCAGAAACCAAAAAUUCAUGGCCGACCUUCACCCCGACCACAACUAGUCGCUAUGGCUUUUUCCUCAGCUCCAACGAGGGUAUUUACAACAUUUCCCUUGAAUCCUGGAUCGCUCCUCUGGAGGAUGAGCUCAUCAACCCUACUGAUUCUGGCGCUGCAUUCCGUCUCGACGUAUUGUUUGACGUCGAGAAAUCUACUGUAGACCAGAUCCUUAAGCGUAACCACGGUUCUGUGACCUCGGUAGCGCCCGCCUGUCUCUCGAUCGUCGACUCUGACUUGGGCCAUUUCAUCUUGACCGCUUCCUCUUCCCAGCCUCAAGCUGUGGUUCUAGAUCUGCCAGUCGACCGAUCACUUUACAAUUCAUUCGCUCCUGACGAGACACCGCUUGCACUUCCUGCCCCAUCUGUUCGCCAACCAUAUCAACCAUCCGAGGCAUUCUUCGCUACUUCUGCUCUUCCAGGCUUCCUUGACUCUGCUCUUCAAAGAAACACCAAUGUAAGAAGGGCAGAUUUGAAGAAACAGGUCGUUUUCUCUCCCGUCAAUCUAGACAUCCUUACCGAUGCGCACCGCCUGUUGUCCACAGAGACAAGUAGACUGGGUGCUGCAGCUGCCGACCUCUUCCGUCGUUGCGAGAGAAUGCGCGCCGAACUAUCAGAGCAGAUCCGUCACGUCGAUGAACUCUCCAGACGUGCAGAUGCUGUAACAGGAGACGAUGACGAUGGCCAAGGUACUGAUCAACCCCGUGUCGUCGGCAAGGAGAGAAUCGACGAGCGCAUGGAGAAUGCACGCAAUCGAUCAAAGGAACUCGCCAAGCGCGUCGAGGCUAUGCGCCGUCGCAUGGCAGGUCUAGGUGGCAAGGAGUUGAGCGCAAAGGAAGAAGCUUGGGCAGCCGAAGUCUCUUCUCUUUCUACUAGUCUCGGCGAGACAGAGGCACCCGCACAAGAAAGCAUUGCAACAGACGACGAUCUUACAAGCCGCUUACAAGCAGUCGGCGAACUGCAACGAGCACUUGUAGCCCGCGCAAAGGAAGCCGCCGAGCAGCAAAAAGCCAUCGCCCCUACACCGCAAGAUGAUGAGAGCGAACCUCAAGAUCUUAGCGCCAGUGUAAGCCGUAUACCCGUCGACUUCAGAAAACAGAAGAUUGCACAGGUGAUGCAGAUGUUGGACCGCGAGACUGCUUUGGUAGAUGCUGUCAUGGAUCGUCUAGGCAAGCUCAAGGGGCUCGGGAGUUCCAUCUCAUCUCUGUGAAUACCCCUGUUGUGAUACAUUUCUAUGAUGGGAAGACGGUCAGGAAAUGAAUGCGCUUGCCGGACUAAAAAUCGAAACUUGCAUAUAUCAUAUGAAAUGAAACUAUUACCAACACCAAAAGACUCUCGUACAAGGAUGAAUUUCAGGACUGUGUGAUAUCUCAAGCUCGCGCUCACGGGUCAUCUGGUGAUGUUGACCAUUGACUAGGUACUUGUUUUCUUCUUGCGUUGCUUCAUUCUUUCUUGAUUGUGCCUUCCUUUUGUAAAACAUCGGUGCUGCUGCCAUUGUUCCUUCCUUCUAUAUCGCUCCUUCCCAAGUAUCGCU